CCGCUUCCGGCCGGGCCCGGUCACGUGACUGGGGUUGGGAGCGGGGCGCUGGGGCGGCCUCCUGACAGAGGCCUGUCAGUGGCGGCGGCGCUGCUGCUCCUCCCGCGGCGGGCGAGAGGGGAGGCGGCGGCGGCGGCGGUGGUGGCGGCAGCCCGGCCGAUCUGGAUGAGGGAAGAUGAAACGCCCUCCGCCAAUAACGGUAGCGAUGACGAAAAGACGGGGUUGAAGAUCAUAGGCAAUGGGAGCGAGCAGCAGCUGCAGAAGGAGCUGGAGGACAUCCUAAUGGACCCCCCCAUGGAGGAGCCCUCCGACGACCGGGAGGGGGGGGAAGAGAGCCCCACCCAGGACGGAGAGGGGGAGGAGCCGGUUCUGCUCGAGGCCUCCGCCUCCUCCACCAUCAACCCCGUGUCCGUGACGGGACCCGCCAAGCCGGAGAUGAGGCUCCCCGUGAAGGCAGCCCAGGGAGAUUCGGAGGAGUCCAGCCCCUUCACCCCGGUGGCCGAUGAGGACAGCGUGGUCUUCAGCAAGCUGACCUACUUGGGCUGCGCCUCCGUCAACGCCCCCCGGAGCGAGGUGGAGGCCCUGCGGAUGAUGGCCAUCCUGCGCAGCCAGGGCCAGACCUCGGUGGACGUGACGCUCUCCGUGCCAAACGUGUCCGAGGGUACUGUGAGGUUGCUGGAGCCUCCAACCAACACCGAAAUAGCCAACUACCCCAUUUACAAGAUCCUGUUCUGCGUGCGAGGUCACGACGGGACUCCCGAGAGCGACUGCUUCGCUUUCACAGAAAGCCAUUACAACUCUGAGCUCUUCAGAAUUCACGUCUUCCGAUGCGAGAUCCAGGAAGCGGUGAGCCGGAUCCUGUACAGUUUUGCAACCGCUUUCCGCCGUUCUGCCAAGCAAGUCCCUCUUGCAGCCCCGGUUACUCCCGAGAUGCCGGACAGCGACAUUUUCACCUUUUCGGUCUCGCUGGAAAUCAAGGAGGACGAUGGGAAAGGCUGCUUCAGUGCCGUUCCGAAGGACAAAGACAGGCAGUGCUUCAAGUUACGGCAAGGAAUCGACAAGAAGAUUGUCCUCUACGUGCAACAGACCACGAACAAAGAGCUGGCCAUUGAGAGAUGUUUCGGCCUCCUCCUCAGUCCCGGCAAAGACGUGCAGAGCGGAGACAUGCAUUUGCUGGAUUUGGAGUCCAUGGGGAAAAGCUCGGAUGGGAAAUCGUACAUCAUCACCGGGAGUUGGAACACCAAGUCUCCGCACUUCCAAAUUGUGAACGAGGAGACGCCCAAAGACCAGGUGCUCUUCCUGACCACAGCGGUGGACCUGGUGAUUACGGAAGUGCAGGAGCCCGUCCGCUUCCUCCUGGAGUCCAAAAUCCGCGUCUGUCCCCCGAACGAGCGGCUCUACUGGCCUUUCAGCAAGAGAAGCUCCACGGAAAACUUCUUCCUCAAACUGAAGCAGAUCAAGCAAAAGGACCGCAAGGCCAGCACCGACACCCUCUACGAAGUGGUCUGCCUGGAGAGCGAGUCGCAGAAGGAAAGGAGGAAAACCACAGCCAGUCCCGCCCUCCGGCUCCCCCAGUCCGGCUCCCAAGGCUCCAUCAUCCCCUCCCCGCCCGAGGAUGACGAGGAGGAAGAUAAUGACGAGCCUCUGCUCAGUGGCUCAGGGGACGUCUCCAAAGAGUGUGCGGAGAAGAUCCUGGAGACGUGGGGAGACCUACUUUCCAAGUGGCACUUGAACCUGAGCGUGCGACCCAAAGCCUUGUCUGCCUUGGUGAGGAGCGGCGUCCCCGAAGCUCUCCGUGGAGAAGUGUGGCAGCUUUUGGCAGGUUGUCACAACAACGACUUUCUGGUGGAGAAGUACCGGAUUCUCAUCACAAAGGUGGGUGUGUCUGCGAACACGGGCUGGGGCAGGAGAUCUUUUCCCAGUGGCCCUGGGUCGGGGGGCCUCUGGAACCCCUUGGCAAAGCAAGGAGGCUGGUCCUGGGACCGACCGACGAGCACGUGGAAUACCAUUUUGGAGGCAUUUUUAAGGCAGAGUUUCAGUGAAUCUGCUCAGCGCCCGCACAGCCGUCUUCGGGUUGAAGUGACCACAGUGUCGCCUCUCCCCUUAGCGAGGACGUUGCGCUUCCCGCCCCUCUCUUUCCGGUCUCCGGCUCGGAAAGCUGCUCAACUGUCUCAGUUUCCCGGGGGUGGGAGGGUGAUAAAAUCCCAUUCCCAUUCUUGGAACAUGCCGCUGCAUCUGAGGUUUUGCGAGGCACGCACGUUGAAUUUUUAG